UCGCUGUUAGCAGACGUCUUCGGUCGGUUGUCGUCGCCAGUCGCAAGUUAAACACAAGCAAAAUUAUAGAAAAAAGUAGCAACGCGCAUGUUGCCCGUCGCGUUGUUCGUUUUUGUGUUCGUUACAAAUUCGAAAACAAAACAAAACACAGAGUGGAAAGUGGCAAGUAAAAACAGAAACGCGAGUUAUUUUUAAAACAACAAAUGCAGUUGCAGCAACGCCUCAACUGUUGCUCACUUCUCCAAAACAACAAGAGAACCAAAAAGCAAAAGAAAUUUCAAAUAAUAUAAAAAUAAAUUUUGUGUGCGUCCUGCACUUCUGUCUCUCUAUCGCUCCGCGUAUUUCUAUCUCUUUCGCGCAGAGUGCAUUUCGCCGCACAAAAAUAAAAGUAAACUCAAAAUUUUGAAUAGAUUUGGAAGUGCUUGAAUUAAGUGAAAUUAUUUGCAUAGCAACUGCAGUGCUUGCCAAACUGCGAGCUUGGAAAGUCGUUACGCUUUGACAGUUACUGACCAAAAACAAAAAUAACCAAAAAGAAAAAAAACAACACAACAACAACAACAAAACUGGUCAAACGAGUCGAACUACGUGUGUGCGAAGCAGUCGCAAAAAAAAAUAAUAAAGAAGGCACAAAAUAAUAACAACAACAACAACAGCAACCACAGCAACAAAAACAUUCAUAAUCAUUUGCAUCAGUUGCAAGCGACAGCAGCAACAGCAAAAGAGCAUUUGCUGAAAAUUAUAACAAUUAACAACAACAGCAACAAUUGCUGCUAGAAAAGGCUUAGACACCCACAAGCAGCAAUCAAUUCAGCAACAAUAUUAAUUAUAACAGCAGCAACAAUUGCUGUCAAACAAGGAAUAGACACCUACAACAGCAACAGCACACGCCCACAGUUCAGAAUCUGUGCAGCAGCAACAGCAGCAAUAAUUGUAGCAAUUGCAGCAGACAUUAGAAUAAAGGCAACAGCUACAACAGUUGUUGCUAGAAGAGCUUAUAGAGUCACAUAAGCGGAUUUGCAAGGUAUAAGAGCAGCAGCAAUUGCAGCAGCAACAAUAAUUGCAAUAUUCGCAACAUCAGCAAUUGCAGCCAACGCAGCAGCAACAGUUGCAGCUAAUGCAAAGGAGAUGAGACACCAACAGCACCCACAAAACAGUCACAAAGAUUUCAUGCAGCAACAAGAAUUCUAGUGGAAAUUAAAGCUACAGCAGCAACUAGAGCAACAACAACGGCAACAACGGUUGCUGGUAAAUGCACACCUACAACAAUUGCUCAGUCACAGCAACAGCAAUAGCAACAAUCAAUGCCAACAGCAAGUGUAACAGUUGCAAUUGAAGCCUAAGCUACAACAACAACAACUGCAGCAGCAGCAGCAGCAGCAGCAACAACAACAGUUGCAGCAGCAGCAACAACAAGGCAAACACAGUUAAGGUGGCAUUUUAUAGCGAAGGCGCUGAACGGCGUUGGGUGCGGCAGGCAGUGAUGGGGGUGCUCAGGUGGCGCGAUCUGCCCGGAUCGCGAAUGUCGUCGGGCAAUCAUACAACAGCAACAGCAACGGCAGCAGCAGCAGCACACAACAACAGUAACAACAACAACACAGCUAGCAACAGUCAGCAGCAAUAUCAUCACAACAACAACAACAUUAACAACAACAACAACAAUCGAGAGCAUCAUCGUGGCAGCAAUGCAAGCGAGGAGCGCGUGCCACAGCCACACUCACCACACGAUGGCGGCCACAUGAGCGGCGGACUGCAGCAUUCGGGCUCGCGGGCCACGUUGCGUCAUUCAAUGAAUCACUCCAGCAGCUCAAUGACGGGCGGCUCCGCCUCCAGUUCGACGCCCGCCUCGCCGCAGCUGAGCGGCGGCCAGCUGCUGUCGAACGGACACCAUUAUCAGUCACAGUCGUCGGUAUCGUCGAACUCAUCGAUUGUGUCGGCCAUACCCGCCUCGCAGCGCCUGCUCGAGGAGGCGCUGGCCAAGCCGGCGCCCUAUCCGAUGAUCCUGCUGCCGGUGCAUGGCGGCUACUGGCUGGACGGCACUGAGCACGAGUGCAGCUACGAUGCACGGGGCAAUCCGCAGCUGCCGCAGACCACCUGGAUGGCCAAGUUCGAGAUGGACGAUACGGCCAAGUGCUAUCGGCGCUUCUAUGCGGCCAGGGAGCACUCGAAUCUGGUUGGGCAUGAUGAGCAGCUCGGCCCGGUGCUCAUCUCGAUCAAAACGGAGAACGUGGCCAAUCAGGAGCAUAUGCGCAUCCUGCUGCGCCUGCGCACCGGCACCAUGCACGAGCUGAUACCGGUCUCGUGCUUGGGCGCCCAGCCCAGUCCGGCGAAGAUGGUGCGGCUGCUGAACGAACAGAUCCAGGUGGAUAACUUUAUGCCGGUGUUGUGCCCGAAGGCAUCGCAGCUGAUCAGCGUCUAUGAUGAGCAUGUGCUUGUCUCGCACUUCAAGUUCGGCGUGCUCUACCAAAGAUAUGGCCAGACCACCGAGGAGGAGCUCUUCGGCAACCAGCAGACCUCGCCGGCCUUCGAGGAGUUCCUCGAUGUGAUUGGCCAGCGCAUCAGGCUCAAGGACCACAAGGGCUAUCGCGGCGGCCUGGACAUCCAGAACGGGCACACCGGCGACACGGCCGUCUAUGAGGUGUUCAAGGAGCGCGAGGUCAUGUUCCAUGUGUCCACGCUGCUGCCCCACACCGAGGGUGAUCCGCAGCAGCUGCAGCGCAAGCGGCACAUCGGCAACGACAUCGUGGCCAUCGUGUUCCAGGAGACGAACACACCCUUCUCCCCGGACAUGAUUGCCAGCCACUUUCUGCACGCGUUCAUUGUGGUGCAGCCCCUGGAGCCGAACACGCCGCACACCCGCUACAAGGUGAGCGUGACGGCCCGGGACGAUGUGCCCUUCUUUGGGCCGACGCUGCCCAAUCCGGCGGUCUUUCGCAAGGGCCUGGAAUUCAAGGAGUUCCUGCUGACCAAGCUGAUCAAUGCCGAGAACGCCUGCUACAAGGCCGAGAAGUUUGCCAAGCUUGAGCUGCGCACCCGCACCUCGCUGCUGCAGAAUCUAGUGGAGGAGCUGAAGGAGAAGACGCGCGACUUUCUAGGCGCCGAUCUGUCGCAGACCCUGGCCGGCAGUCCGACACCCGAGACGCCCAAGUCGGAGAGCGGAGGGGGCGGCGGCGGCAAUGCGGGCACUCGUUUCAUUGACACCGUCAAGAAGGCGCUGAUCAUGCGCGUGCGCUCCCAGAGCGUGGACACCGGCAACGGGGCGCAUCCGGACAAGUUCAGCGUGAACACCAAGGUGGGCACGCUCAACUCCAAGAAGGAGCCUCAGCCCGAGACACAAACGCCCAAUCUAAACACCUGCAGUCGCACGGCCUCCAAGUCGUCCUCAAAGUCAAAAUCCUCGAAUGAGUCCACAUCCUCUUCGCCGGACAUCACCUCACGUCCGGCUAACCAUAAUCACAACAACAACAACAACAACAACAAUCCAGCUGGCGGCCAACAAAAUGGCGGUGGUGGCAUUGCCGCCGUCGCCGUCAGCGCUGCCCAAAACGGCGGCAUUGUGGGCGUGGCCGUGGCCACCAUGUCCGAGGCGAGCGACGACUCCAGCCUGAACAGCGUCGAUCUGGACCCGAUGAUGGGCCACCUGGACGGCGGUGCCGCCUACAUCGACAGCGACACGGGCCUGGAGAGCAUGAGCUCCGCGGAGGCAACGACCAAGGCCUGCUCGCUGUGCCUCGAGGGGGUGCAGGGCACCACCAUGAUGGGCAGCUCGCCCAGCAACGAGACCAUCAUGAUGAUCGAGAAUCUGCGCCAGGAGGUGACGCGGCUCAAGUGCGACAAGCUCGAUUUGCUGCGACAGAAUGUGACCUGCCAAAGGGACAUCAAACGUUUGCGGGAGCGAGAGCUAUCGCUGCAAGGCGAUCUGGCGGCAGCCGGACGUGAGAUUCUGCGUCUGCGCGAUCUGCUCAAGGAAUAUAUGCCGGAUACAGCCGCAGCGCCGCUCUCCAUUUCGCCCAUCUAAAGCGUCUAACGCCAAGCACAAAACAGGGAGGGACGGAGACAGAGAGAGAGAGAGAGAGAGAGAGAGAGAGAGAGAGAGAGGGGGAGAAGGGAAGGAAGAGAUCGGAGGAACCACUGUGCCGUGUUUAACACUUUGGAUGCGUCGUUAUUUGUUUUUUCUUUUUUAUUUCUGGGGCCAGUUCUCGCAAAACUGUAUUAUAUUUAGUUUGCAUAGCUGUUGGAACUCGAAGAGGAUUGAAAGCUGAGGUGUGGCGGCAUAUAUAUUAUUACAGUUUAGUCUACAAAUAUACACAUAACAGUUACGUAUAACAGUUAAAAGAAAAUCAACUUAGAGAAAAAAAAAAACAUACACACACACAGAACUCAAAAAGUUACACCAAAUAUAUAGUUGAUAAGUCUUUAAGCAUAUUUAACGCAAUGUUUAGAAUCCC